AUGAAAGUGUUAAUUGUUUUGGGAAUUUCAGCAGCUAUAGCCUUCACAGCUGUUUUCUUCUCUUUCCUUCAGACAGGUAAAGAUGUCCUCUUUGCUUCAUCUCUUGACAAGGGAGAACACAGCAUAUGCAGCAUAUUUUGGUUAUAAAGUGAAGAUAACUGCAUUACUGAGGCUAUCCAGAAGGCUUCUAAUUUGGUGGAUUACGCUACACAGUAUGCUCUGAAAAGAAAUAGCCAAGGAAAGGGAAUAGAAAGUCCUAUCUCACUGCUGGCCUUCUCAAAAUUUCCUGAACGAGAUAGUCAAGAUAUUUCCCAAGCAGCGGAGCGAAUGGAAAUGUCAAUUCAAGUGUUGAAACAAAAUGUUUGCCAGAAGCACAGGCGUUCUUUGCAUCCAACUGAUCUUUUAUCAGCUGAUCUGCUUACUAUGAUUGCUAACAUUUCUGGAUGUCUGCGUUAUAUGUUGCCACCAAAAUGUCCAAACAAUUGCUUAGCUAAUAAGUAUCGAUUCAUCACUGGUGCCUGCAAUAACAGGGAACAUACUAGAUGGGGAGCAUCCAACACAGCCUUGGCUAGAUGGCUCCCACCAACCUAUGAAGAUGGACUCAGUCAACCUCGAGGAUGGGAUCCCAGUGUUCGAUACAAUGGAGUCCAGCUACCCCUGGUUCGAGAGGUGACAAGGAAGAUAAUUCACGCAUCUAAUGAGGCUAUCACUGAAGACAACCUAUAUUCUGACAUCAUUAUGGUGUGGGGACAGUAUAUAGACCAUGACAUUUCAUUCACACCUCAGAGCAUAAGUAGAACCAGCUUUUUAACAGGAAAGGAGUGUCAGAUGACAUGUGAAAGACAAAAUCCAUGCUUUCCGAUAAAGGUAACAACCAAUGAUACAUUAUCCAAAGGGAUGGAUUGCCUGCCCUUCUACCGCUCAUCUCCUACAUGUGGCACUGGUGAUCACAGUAUUUUCUUUGGAAAUCUAUCAGCCCUAAAUCCAAGACAACAGAUCAAUGGUUUAACCUCUUUCAUUGAUGCUUCUACUGUCUAUGGCAGCACUUCCACUGUUGAAAACAAGCUGAGGAAUUUAACAAGUGAAGAAGGCCUUCUCAGAGUCAACAAUAAACAUCAUGAUAAUGGUCAGGAAUACCUGCCUUUUACAGACCGGGUUCCAUCACCUUGUGCACAGGACUCAAAUGCAAGUGAAGAUGAAAGGAUUGAAUGCUUUAUGGCUGGGGACAGCCGAUCGAGUGAGGUCACAUCAUUGACAGCCAUGCACACACUGUGGCUGAGAGAGCACAACCGCCUGGCCCGGGCCCUCAAAGCCAUCAACAGCCACUGGAGCGCUGAGACUGUCUACCAAGAAGCACGGAAAAUUGUUGGAGCUCUCCAUCAGAUUAUUACUUUAAGAGAUUAUAUUCCCAAAAUCAUUGGCCCAGAUGCUUUCAAUCAGUAUAUUGGCCUUUAUAAAGGUUAUGAUCCCACAGUGAAUCCUACAGUUUCUAAUGUAUUUGCAACAGCUGCUUUUCGUUUUGGUCAUGCAACAAUCCAACCGAUAGUAAGGCGUUUGAAUGCACAGUAUUUAGAUGAUCCAGAACUCCCACAUCUUCAUUUGCACGAAGUUUUCUUUAGUCCUUGGAGGCUUGUUAAAGAAGGAGGCUUGGAUCCAUUGAUAAGGGGUCUUCUUGCACAUCCAGCAAAACUGCAGGUGCAAGGCCAACUGAUGAAUGAAGAGUUAACAGAUAAGCUGUUUGUGUUGUCCAAUAAUGGUUCACUUGAUUUAGCAUCACUGAAUUUACAGCGUGGCCGUGAUCAUGGACUCCCAGGUUAUAAUGACUGGCGAGAAUUCUGUGGCUUACCAAAACUGGAAACUCAAACUGACCUGAAUACAAUAAUAACUAAUCAGAAAGUUACUGAAAAAAUCAUGGAAUUGUACCAUAAUCCUAGCAAUAUUGAUGUUUGGCUUGGUGGUUUAGUAGAAGACUUUCUUCCAGGUGCUAGAACAGGUCCUCUGUUUGCCUGUUUAAUUGGAAAGCAAAUGAAGGCACUAAGGGAUGGUGAUCGGUAA